AUGCCGGGUGUUGGUCCGAUCGGUGAGCCCAUCUUGGCACCACCAAUGCCCCCGUUGAACUACAUGGACAAUGAUCGAAUUUGGACCAAGGAGCAAGCGCUCAAGGCUGGAGUCGAUAUGACGAAGGCGAAAAUUCACCCUGAACCCUUCGGCCACACCUCUUCCGGAACUCAAACUCGAGGAGCCGGUAAUGUGGCCCGAUGGCCCGGAAAUACUGAUGGAGUCGAGGGUCGACCAUACCUCCUCAUUCCGUACCGAUUUACCAACGGAGCUCACACUUCGAUCGCCGGUUCGCAGCAGUACAUCUCCGAUUCAUUCGACAUGAUCACAGCCGAUGUUGGUGGAUGCAUUCGAUUUGUUGACGACUCGACUGAUCAAGCUCACUCUCACUGGAUUGACAUUCAGGAUAGUGCAACUGGCGGAUGCGUUUCAUACGUUGGCUACCUAGGUGGCCAUCCUUCCUUUCCAAAUGGACAGAUGCUCAACCUUGCCCCUGGUCAAGGACCUGGAACUGGUGGCACCUGCCUCGCGAGUUAUGUCGUCAACCACGAGAUGCUCCACGCUCUUGGAUUCAAUCACGAGCAAGAACGAGCCGAUCGAGAUCAACAUGUGACAAUUCAUUUUGAUCGUAUCCAAGAAGACAAGCAGCACAAUUUCGAGAAGCUCACUGCUUCCGAAUGGUUCGAUAUGUCAAGUCCUUACGAUGGCCAGUCUGUCAUGCACUACUCUGCUUACUCCUUCCAAACAGCUGAAGCUGAUGCAGCCGACUUGCCAACAAUUACCAAUUUGGCUGGCGAGCCGGUUCAGUGGCCUCGAGUCCAGCGACUUUCAUCGACUGAUGUUCUUCAGCUCGCGAAGAUGUACGAAGGCUUUUGUGGUCAGCCAGGAGGAGAGUUCAUCAAGGUCCGAACUUGCAACAGUGGCGCUCAGUAUCUCGAGAGCCGAGCUUGCGACGGAAUCGCUGACUGCGCUGAUGGUUCUGAUGAAGACGCAGCUUUCUGUGAUGCGCUUUGUGAACCAGAUACCUUCUACGUCACUGAAAAUGGCUGCAAUGAUAGCCAAGACUGGACUGGUACCUAUGCUAAGAUGGCUGACGGUGCAUACCCUAAGUCUCUUACAAUCUCGCUCGUCGGAGGUGAUGCUUCAACUGGUUUCGAUUCGGGAACCUUCAUUCGAAUGGACCAGGCUGACUGGUGCUUUGAUACUCCAAAUAUUCCAAGUUUCAAAAAAGUCGGCGCGGAGAAGUACAUCUGGCCCAUGCCAAACGGUAUGUGGUACAUGGGCAGCGAAAAUUGCGCUAGCUUCUUGAACUAUUACUACUCGCCAAGUCAAAAUGGCGGCGUUGCUAAUUUCUGGGACAUUGAAGUUCCCGUUUUUAACAGAUGGGUCGGCGAAUGGGCUACUUCUAACAAUCAGCGAUUCAAAAAAGGCGCCGAAGGCUGGCAAAAUGGAAACUUCAUUCUUAGCAUCGCCGCUGAUGGAGCUUGGUCAAUUGCUGAUGGUUCGUCAUCAAUUCCUCUCGGAAGCAAUGCUUGUGUUACAGGAGAUCAUGAUGGUGGUAUCAAGAUUUCUGAGCUGGCAUCAUCUGGUUCCUCUUGUGCUGGAACAACUACAACAACAUCAACUCUUGCUCCAACAACGUCCUUCACUACCACUGACGUUACAACAACAUCGACGACGACAACUACGACUCCGUCAAUCUCAACAACGACAACUAUGAGUUGGGAGCAAUGUGAAGCGACUUGCCAGCCAAACUGUGACGCUGAGUUUGGUGUUGGAGAAAAGAACUGCUCGUGCAACCUUUUCGACAAUACUUGCAUGGUUUGCGAGGCCGGAUUCGUCUUCGAUUUCAUGUCAAAUGCAUGCAUAUGUAAAUCUUAUACAACUAUAUACAAACCAAAUAAAUAUAUCAUUCCACAACAAAUUCGGCAUUUCAAAUGCAAAUUUCAGCUCAUCUUCUAUUUUAUCCUCCAAGAAAAUCAAUAG